GUAAUUACUUUUCCCUAAUCAGCAUAGAGUGUAAAAAUCCUUAUUAAAAGUGCAAAGUGGACUUUCCCGACAUUAGUAAAACGUAGACGCCUCUGCCACCACUAUGAACCGAAACCAACAACACUUGACCAUGCCCGAAAUCCCCAUGCCAGGCGGCUACCGGAGUCUGCCGGUGUUGGGUUUCGGCACGUCGGCAAAUCUACCUGUAGGACCAGAAAUAGUUACAACUGCAGUUCUACAAGCAAUUGAGCUUGGCUACAGGCAUUUUGAUACAGCUUCUUUAUACAAUUCUGAACAACCACUUGGUGAAGCUAUAGUUGAAGCAAUUAAUAGUGGUUUAGUUCAAUCUCGUGGACAACUCUUUAUUACUUCAAAGCUAUGGUGUAGAGAUGCUCAUCCACAACAUGUUCUUCCUGCUCUCAAGAAGUCCUUACAGAAUCUAAAAAUGGAUUACAUUGAUUUAUAUCUAAUACACUGGCCAGUGAGUUCUAAGCCAGGAAUUCAUGAGUACCCUAUUAAAAAAGAGGACCUUCUUCCCAUGGAUUUCAAGUCAGUUUGGGCAGCAAUGGAAGAGUGCCAGAAACUUGGGCUCACUAAGUCCAUUGGAGUUAGCAACUUUUCUUGCAAGAAGCUUGCUGAUCUUCUUGCCAUUGGCAAGAUUCCCCCCGCUGUCAAUCAAGUAGAAGUAAGUCCAUGUUGGCAGCAAAAGAAGCUGAGAGAGUUCUGCAAGAGCAAUGGAGUUCUAGUUGUUGCAUAUAGUCCUUUAGGAUCCAUAGGUACUAGAGUUAUGGAAAAUGAAGUGCUCAAAGAAAUAGCAAAGGCCAAAGGCAAGACUGUCGCGCAGGUUGCUUUAAGAUGGGGAUAUGAGCAAGGCAUUGGUGUGGUGGUGAAGAGCUAUAACAAAGAGAGAAUGAAACAGAACCUUGAGAUUUUCGACUGGUCAUUAAGCGAUGAUGAGUGCAGAAAGAUCAGCGAAAUCCCACAAAGUAGAGCUUCUCUGGGUAAGGAUUUCACAUCUCCUUAUGGACCUUACAAGACAAUUGAAGAGCUCUGGGAUGGAGAACUCUGAUUAAAUCAGUUUACAAUAUCAAGCAUACUGUCUCUAGUAAUUCUUCUUGUUGUAUGUGUCUGCCUUCUAAUUGUGGUAGUUGUACAUUAUCAAAGUAGAGAUAAGAAGGGACAAGAUUUAUCCAGUUCCUUCUUGUUGUUGUCCGCUUGUUAGGAGUAUUUUAAUCUUGUCUGUAAAGUAGAACUUUAUUCCUUGACAAACUAUUUUCUUGUAUAAUAUAUCGGACCAAGAGGGACUAAAAUGGAGCGACAUGAAAGGUAAAGAUU